CCAAAGUCGCUAGAAGGUGAAGAAGAAGAAGCUCUCCUUAUCUUUAUGUAAGAAAAGAAGCAUUUUCCACUUCCCAACGACAACAAUGGUGGCGGGAACUGCAACCUUGAAGCUGAACCUCUCAGUUUUUUCUUCUUCAAUGCUGAGUUUCAGCGCCUCCUCCUCUUCAUUCCCAUCAAACCCUUCUCUUCUUUCAAUGCGAACCCCUUCUUCUUCUUCUACUACAACUCGAUUUCUCAGGAUUUACGCCUUGACUAGCAACGACAUCAAGGUGGGUAUCAGCAUCAAAGUCGAUGGUUCUCCUUGGCGUGUCUUAGAGUUUCUUCAUGUCAAACCCGGAAAAGGGGCAGCAUUUGUGAGGACCAAAAUGAAGAAUUAUAUUACAGGGAACACAGUUGAGAAAACGUUUAGAGCUGGAAGCUCGAUUGAGGAAGCAGAUAUAGUCAAGGAAACAAAGCAGUUCACAUAUAAAGAUGGUGUUCAAUUUGUCUUCAUGGACUUGAAUACUUAUGAGGAGUUUCGAGUGGGUGAAUCAGACGUUGGAGACAGAACAAAGUGGCUGAAAGAGGGAAUGGACUGCAAUUUACUGUUAUGGAAUGGAAAAGUUAUUGAUAUUGAUCUCCCUGUCACAGUCAAGCUUAAAGUAGUUGAUGUGGAUCCCGGACUUAAGGGCGACACGACCCAAGGUGGAUCAAAGCCAGCAACACUUGACACUGGGGCUGUUGUCAAUGUUCCGCUCUUUGUAAAUGUAGGAGACGAAAUAAAUGUUGAUACAAGAACUGGGCAGUACAUGAGUCGGGCUUAAAAUUCCACCUCAAAGUUUUGUAGUUGAAAUCCAAAGAAUUGUUAUUUCUUUUGGGUUUUUUUUUUUUUUUUUUUCAAUUUUGAGAAAAUCUUACCAAUGCAGAUGGAUUAAGUUCAUAACAUGCCAGCUUAUGUAAUAUUAACCUUAGCAAAUUGGCUAUGUGCAUAAUAACAUCGAGUUAAAAUCGUGCUGUAUUUUAUUUGCAAAAC